GAAUGUCUAAAACUUGGGGCAAAACUAGCAGAAAUAGAGACAUUGGAAGAAAACAUCUUUCUAAAGAACAUGGCAAGGGAAAAUGCUUAUGGCGACACAUUAAUCGGAGGGACAGAUGCCUACUCACAGCACAGAUGGAGAUGGUCAACAACAUUUAAAGCAGUGACGUACACUGACUGGGCACCGAACAAGCCUGAUUUCUCGGAAGGCGAUGAAUGUAUGUCUUUAACUGCUAGGUUUGACAUGUCGUGGGAUGAUUGGCAAUGUGAUCGAUAUCAAGAAUCCUUCAUGUGUGAGCGGUUAAUUUAUGAACGAAAAAAAGAAGAAAAUUAACAAGAACUUGUUUGUAUGAACCUAGCUA